AUGGCGGCUGUCCGUGCGCUGUCACUGUCGCUGCCGUCAGCGGUAGUGUCAGGCUCAGGCCUUACCACGUCCUCCCGCCAGCAGCAGGCGUCCUCUACCCCCUUCCAGCCGCGCGGUGCGUUUCUCAAGUUCAAUGGCCUCAAGAGCACCGCCAGCCUCCCGUCGUCAAAGCAGGCCGUGCGAUCCCCUGCGAUGUCGCGCAAGGCAUCCAACGACCCCGUGCGACGCCUCGUGACGACGGCCGAGUUUUCCAAGGUUCCCCAGGAGCCCAUGGGCCUGUACGACCCUGCAUUGGACAGCGACGCCUGCGGUGUCGGCUUCGUCGCCGAGCUCUCCAAGAUCCCCACGCGCAAGACUGUGACUGACGCGCUCGAGAUGCUUAUCCGCAUGGCGCAUCGCGGCGCGUGCGGCUGCGAGGUUAACACCGGUGAUGGUGCUGGUAUCAUGGUGGCUCUCCCGCACGACUUCUUCGUCAAGGUUGCCAAGGUGGAUGCUGGCGUGACUCUCCCGCCAUUGGGAGAGUACGGUGUGGGAAUGUGCUUCCUCCCCACGGAUAAGAAGCGCAGGAACCGCGGCAAGGAGGCAUUCAAUAAGGUGGCGGAGGAGAUGGGGUGCAAGGUGCUGGGGUGGCGGCGCGUGCUGACGGACAACGCGGAUCUGGGCAAGGCGGCGCUGGACACGGAGCCAAUCGUGGAGCAGGUGUUCCUGCUCGUCAACAAGGACUCGCACCUCGAGGCGGAGCAGCAGAUGUGGCUGCUGCGCCGCACCGCCAUGAAGGCCGUUCGCGAGGCGCUCGGCCUCAAGGUCGGCGGCACGCGCGACUUCUACAUCUGCUCGCUCUCCACCAGGACGAUCGUGUACAAGGGUCAGCUGAAGCCGGAGCAGCUGCAGGGAUACUACCACGCCGACCUCGACGACGAUCGCUUCACCUCCUACAUGGGCCUCGUGCACUCGCGGUUUUCGACGAACACGUUUCCGAGCUGGGAGCGCGCGCAGCCGAUGCGCAUUCUGGGGCACAACGGCGAGAUUAACACGCUGCAGGGCAACGUCAACUGGAUGCGCGCGCGCGAGGGGCUGAUGAAGUGUCCCGGACUCGGCAUUUCCAAGGAGGAGCUGGACGCCGUGCUGCCCGUCAUCGACGCCAACUCCUCCGACUCGGGCGCCUUCGACGGCGUGCUGGAGAUGCUCGUGCGCGCCGGCCGCACGCUGCCCGAGGCCGUCAUGAUGAUGAUCCCCGAGGCGUGGCAGAACGACAAGAACAUGUACCCGGAGAAGAAGGCGCUCUACGAGUACCUCUCCGCGCUCAUGGAACCCUGGGACGGCCCUGCUCUCAUUGCCUUCUCCGAUGGCAAGUACGUGGGUGCCACGCUUGAUCGCAACGGUCUGCGUCCCGGCCGCUACUACGUGACGCACAGCGGCCGCGUCAUCAUGGCCAGCGAGGUGGGCGUGGUCGACGUGGACCCUGCUGACGUGGCGCGCAAGGGGCGGCUGAACCCCGGAAUGAUGCUAUUGGUGGACUUCGAGAAGCACGAGGUGGUGGACGACGAGGCGCUCAAGCGGCAGUACUCGAGCCAGCGCCCCUACGGCGAGUGGCUGGCCAAUCAGAAGCUGACGCUUGGCGACAUCGUGGCGUCCGUCCCGGAGGCGGACCGCGUGCCGCCGCCGAUCGCGGGCGCGACGGAAGUCGACUCGUCAGCAGACGAGACGAUGGAGACGAUGGGAAUCAACGGGCUGACGACACCCCUCAAGGCGUUCGGCUACACGAUUGAAGCGCUGGAGAUGCUGCUGCUGCCUAUGGCUCAGACGGGCUCUGAAGCUCUCGGAUCCAUGGGGAACGAUACUCCCCUUGCGUGCAUGUCCACACGGCCCAAGCUCAUGUCGGAGUAUUUCAAGCAGCUGUUCGCGCAGGUCACCAACCCCCCCAUUGACCCUAUCCGCGAGGCGGUUGUGACGUCUACGGAGUGCAUGGUGGGGCCUGAGGGGGAUUUGACGGAGACGACUGAGGAGCAGGCGCACAGGCUGUCGCUCAAGGGCCCUCUGCUGACGCCGGAGGAGACGGAGGCGAUGAAGAAGAUGGAUUAUCGUGGGUGGCGUACCGCUGUUGUGGAUAUCACGUUUGCGCGGAGCGAGGGGCCGGACGGGCUUGAGAAGGCGCUGGAUCGGAUCUGCGCUGAGGCGAGUUUGGCGAUUGAGGCUGGGUAUAAGAUGCUCGUGCUGUCCGACCGAGCCACGUCCCCCACGCGCGUGCCCGUGAGUGCGCUCCUGGCCGUGGGAGCGGUGCACCAGCACCUGGUGCGCACGCUGCAGCGAACCCGCAUUGGCAUUGUAGUCGAGUCAGGCGAGCCCCGCGAGGUGCACCACUUCUGCACGCUCGUGGGGUUCGGCGCGGACGCCAUCUCGCCGUACGUGGCCACGGAGGCCAUCUGGCGCCUGCAGGUGGACGGCAAGAUCCCGCCCAAGGCGGACGGCACCCUCCGCACCAAGGACGAGCUCAUCCGCACCUACUUCAACGCCAGCAACGCCGGCAUGCUCAAGGUUCUCGCCAAGAUGGGCAUUUCGACGCUGGCGUCGUACAAGGGCGCGCAGAUCUUUGAGGCCUUGGGGUUGUCGAGCGAUGUGGUGGACCGGUGCUUCCGGGGGACCGCGAGCAGGAUUCAGGGGGUUUCGUUUGACGUGCUGGCGGCCGAUGCGAUUCGUUUGCACGACCAGGCGUUCCCGCUGGGGACGGAGAAGAACCUUCCGGAGGAUUCGGCUGAUGCGACUGCUGUGCCGAACCCUGGGGAUUAUCACUACAGGAAGGGCGGCGAGGUGCAUUUGAACGACCCGGUCGCGAUCUCGCGGCUGCAGGAGGCCGCGCGGACGAACAGCGCGGCGGCUUAUAAGGAGUACGCGGCGAUCACCAACACGCUUAACCAGCAGUGCAACCUGCGCGGCAUGCUCAAGUUCAAGCCGGCGCCAGGUGGCGCGAUCCCAUUGGAGGAGGUGGAGCCAGCGAGCGAGAUUGUGAAGCGGUUCUGCACGGGAGCCAUGAGCUACGGGUCUAUCUCCCUGGAGGCUCAUCAGAGCCUGGCUAUUGCUAUGAACACGAUUGGAGGGAAGUCAAACACGGGCGAGGGAGGCGAGAACCCGUCCCGGCUGGUCCCGAACCCCGACGGGAGUAACAACAUCCUCCGGUCGUCGAUUAAGCAGAUUGCGAGCGGGCGGUUUGGCGUGUCUGCGUAUUAUCUGACAAAUGCGGACGAGCUGCAGAUUAAGAUGGCCCAGGGGGCGAAGCCCGGGGAGGGAGGCGAGCUGCCCGGGCACAAGGUGAUUGGGGACAUCGCUGUGACGCGCAACAGCACGCCUGGCGUGGGGCUCAUCAGCCCGCCGCCGCACCACGACAUCUACUCCAUUGAAGACCUGGCGCAGCUGAUCUAUGACCUCAAGAACUCCAACCCUGGCGCCCGUGUGAGCGUGAAGCUGGUGUCCAAGGCGGGUGUGGGAGUGAUCGCGAGUGGAGUGGUGAAGGGCCACGCGGACCACGUGCUCAUCUCGGGUCACGACGGCGGCACCGGUGCCUCCCGCUGGACCGGCAUCAAGAGCGCCGGUCUCCCCUGGGAGCUGGGUAUUGCUGAGACCCACCAGACGCUCGUGGCAAACGACCUGCGCGGCCGCACUGUGCUGCAGGCUGACGGGCAGAUGAAGACCGGGAAGGAUAUCACAGUCGCCGCGCUGCUUGGUGCCGAGGAGUUUGGGUUUUCGACCGCGCCGCUGAUUACUCUUGGGUGUAUCAUGAUGCGGAAGUGCCAUAAGAAUGUCUGCCCCGUCGGGAUUGCGACGCAGGACCCGGUGCUGCGCGCCAAGUUUUCCGGGCAGCCCGAGCACGUGAUAAACUAUUUCUUCAUGGUGGCGGAAGAGGCGCGCGAGUACAUGGCGCAGAUGGGCUUUAAGACCAUGGACGAGAUGAUCGGCCGCGCCGACAUGCUCGAGCAAGACAUGGACCUCUGCAACUCCAACCCGAAGCUCCAGAACAUCGAUCUCUCGGUGCUGCUCACUCCCGCCGCGACCCUCCGCCCGGGCGCGGCGCAGCGGUGCGUGCAGAAGCAGGACCACGGGCUUGAACUGGCGCUGGACCAGAAGCUGAUUCGGCUGGCGCAGCCGGCAAUCACGCAGAAGAUUCCGGUGUUUGCCGAGGUGCCGAUUGUGAACGUGAACCGCGCGGUGGGCACCAUGCUGUCUCACGAAGUCACCAAGGUGCAUCGCCUGGAGGGUCUCCCUGCUGAUAUGAUCCAUUUCAAGCUGACUGGGAGUGCCGGGCAGAGCUUCGGCGCGUUUACCUGCAAGGGGUUGACGCUGGAGCUGGAGGGGGAUAGCAAUGAUUAUGUGGGGAAGGGGCUGUCUGGUGGUAAGCUGAUUAUCUACCCUCCGGCUACGUCGACGUUUGAUCCCAAGGAGAAUAUUAUUAUUGGGAAUGUGGCGCUGUAUGGGGCCACGUCUGGUGAGGCGUAUUUCUGCGGCAUGGCUGCGGAGAGAUUUGCUGUGAGGAAUUCCGGGGCGAGGGCUGUGGUGGAGGGCGUGGGGGACCACGGGUGCGAGUACAUGACGGGCGGCAUAGUGGUGAUUCUGGGUGGCACGGGGAAGAACUUCGCGGCGGGAAUGAGCGGCGGCAUCGCGUACAUCCUCGACCGGGAGGGAGACUUCCACAAGAGGUGCAACACGGGGCUUGUAGACCUGGACCCUGUGGUGGAAGAAGCGGAUGUGCUGCUGCUGCGGUCGAUGAUUCAGCAGCACCAGCGGUACACCAAGAGCAAGCUGGCUGGCGAGGUCCUGGCGGAGUUUGAGGAGCUUCUGCCCAAGUUUGUGAAGGUGUUCCCGAGGGACUUCAAGCGCGUGCUGGAGGAGGAGCGCGUGAAGAAGGAGAAGGAGGCGGCGGAGCUGAAAGAGAAGGACGCGUUUGAGGAGCUCAAGAGGCUCGCGGCCGCGAGUGGAGGGGAGGUCAACGGGUCCGCUGCUGUGGCACCCCCCAAGCGCCCGACCCGUCUCCCUGCCCCAGUCAAGUUUGGAGGUUUCAUGAAGUACGAGCGUGAGCCGCUGCCGUACCGCCCGGCAGAGGAGCGCCUGACGGACUGGGGGGAAGUCCUGGCCUCCGACCCCGGCCGCCCCGAGCUGCUCAAGACGCAGUCGGCGCGCUGCAUGGACUGCGGCACGCCCUUCUGCAACCAGGACAAGUCCGGCUGCCCGCUGGGGAACAAGAUCCCCGAGUUCAACGAGCUCGUGUACCAGGGCAGGUGGAAGGAGGCGCUGGAUCGGUUGUUGGAGACGAAUAACUUUCCGGAGUUUACCGGGAGGGUGUGUCCCGCGCCGUGCGAGGGCGCGUGCGUGCUGGGGAUUAUUGAGAAUCCCGUGUCGAUCAAGACGAUGGAGCUGAGCAUUAUUGACAAGGCGUAUGAGAUGGGGUGGAUGGUGCCUCGCCCGCCUGCCAAACGCACUGGCAAGAAGGUAGCAAUCAUUGGGAGCGGCCCGGCGGGUCUAGCCGCUGCAGAUCAGCUGAACAAGCACGGGCACAGCGUGACGGUGUACGAACGCGCGGAUCGCAUCGGAGGGCUGAUGAUGUACGGCGUGCCCAACAUGAAGACAGACAAGACCCACGUGGUGCAGCGCAGAGUGGACCUCAUGGCCGCCGAGGGCGUCACGUUCGUCACCAACGCGCACGUGGGCGUCGACGAGCAGUACAGCGUGGAGAAGCUGAGAGCCGAGAAUGACGCUAUGCUGCUUGCAUGUGGUUCGACCAAGCCAAGGGACCUGCCUGUGCCGGGGAGGGAGCUCAAGGGCGUGCAUUUCGCCAUGGAGUUUCUCGCGGCGAACACCAAGUCGCUGCUGGAUAGCGGGCUCAAGGACGGGAGGUUUAUCUCGGCGGAGGGGAAGAAGGUGGUUGUGAUUGGUGGAGGCGAUACGGGCACGGACUGCAUUGGGACCAGUCUGCGGCACGGGUGCGAGUCGCUGGUGAAUCUCGAGCUGCUGCCGCAGCCGCCUCCUUCCCGCGCCGAUGGCAACCCCUGGCCGCAGUGGCCACGCAUCUUCCGGGUGGACUACGGCCAUGAGGAGGCAAAGACCAAGUUCGGAUCCGACCCGCGCUCCUACGAGGUGCUGACCAAGCGGUUCAUUGGUAACGAUGCGGGCGAGCUCACGGGCAUCGAGACGGUGCGCGUGCAGUGGGCCAAGGACGCGUCUGGAAGGUUCCAGAUGAGCGAGAUUCCCGGGUCCGAGGAGGUGAUUCCAGUGGACUUGGCUCUCCUUGCCAUGGGCUUCCUGGGUCCCGAGCAGAACGUGGCGGAGAAGCUGGGGCUGAAGACGGACGCGAGGAGCAACUUCCAGGCAGACUACGGGCAGUUCGCCACCAACCUGGAGGGCGUCUUUGCUGCUGGCGACUGCCGCCGCGGCCAGUCUCUGGUGGUGUGGGCUAUCGCGGAGGGCCGUGGCGCAGCAGCGAACAUCGAUGCAUAUGUGAUGCGCAACGAGCCGGUGGACAUGGCAGCCGAGGAGAGGGAGCUCGUGGAGGUGGCUGCCAGGACUGUGGCGGCUGUUGAUGCUGCUGAGCGGAGCGCUGCCAAUGGGAGUGCCACUAACGGGAGUGCCACUAAUGGAAGUGCUAAAAACGGGAGUGCAACGAAGGGGAGAGCGUUCCCGGAAGGCGUGGAGCAGGCACGCGUGGAAGCGGUUGAUGCGUGUCUGAUGGUGGAGGGAGAGGACGACACAGAGCACAUUGAGGCGUGUGUGGAGAAGAGUGUUGAGGCUGCUGCCUUGGGAGACGGCACCCCUGUCCCACCCAAUCCUCCGAGCAGCAUCUGCCGCAGCGCAAUGGCUGCCGCGCGACGGCCCGCCACUCAAGGCCGCAGCGCCGCGCCCUCCGCCGCGGGAUUUCUCCCCGUGCUCGUCCUCGCAUUACUGCUCCAGGCGCCCUCCGCGUCCGCCCGCCGCUGGUUCUGGAACGACGCCCUCUUCCCCGUCCGUCCCACAGGAGAAACGAACCCCGCCGCCGCUCUCGCCGCCGCGGAAUUCGGCGGAUCGGCGACGGCUGCCGAGUCGGCUCCAGUAGUCCCAACGCCAGCCCCGGUGGCGCCUGCGCCGGCGCCUGCGCCGGCGCCGGCGGCGGCUCCUGAGGUGUCGUGCUACGACGCCGUCCCUGUGGACCCUUUCGUCUUGUCCGGAGCCGCGCCCGACCCGUGCGCUAAGCUGGCGGCGGAGCUGAAGCGCAGUGCGGGGAAAUUGGGGGGCAAGACUGGAGGGUUAGGGUUCGCGGCUCCUUCUCUCUUCCGCGCGUGCCACUCCACGUUCCUGUUCAGGAAGGAGUGCGACGGGGCGGACCUGGUGUCGAUCGCGAACGCGUUCGACAAUCACUACGUGUACAAGCACAUCGCGAUGGACUCGCCCGACCAGACCAACCUGCCGAGCAGCGUCGAUAUUCUCGCGGAGCUGAAGAAAAUCCUCCUGAAGGCCGCUCAGGGAAAGUACCCGCGGCUGGUUGACGCGCACAUGGCGGUGUACCAAGCGGUCAACUCGCUAAACGACGGGCACACCUCGUUCAUGCCGCAAUGCUUCCUGGGACAAUUCGACUUGCCGCUGCCGCUCAUGGCUGUCGUCGAAAACGGGCAGCAGAUCAUUCGCGUUGCGCCGCGCCGAUAUGUCACUCCUAGCGGGAUGGACCAUGUUGCGAAGGUUCUGCACAAUUUUGACUUCGGCCUUUACGAGGGCCGACAGGUGGUGGCUAUAAACGGGGUCAAAGCGGAAAAAUUCGUCCUGGAUUGGGCAGACAAGGAAAUGGGCACGUAUCGCAAUCAGGCAACACGAUUCACGAAAUCCUUUGCGAGGAAUGAGGCGGAAUCGGUGGACGCGACGAACAUCGUCCAGGUGCCAGGCGAAUUCGCCCGGCGAGCCUUUGCUCCUCAAGCUGACACCUUACUGGUGUCCUUCGCAACAGCGGAUGGAAGCUCGACGGAAGACGUAGAGGUGCCAUGGAUCGGGACAGGUGGGCUUAAUCUAUUUACAAAUGCCACGGGGUACUGGAAGGCGGUAUGUGCCGUGAAGGACCCAUCAGUUGCUGGCGGCAACAGCGCGCAGCCAAGCGCGCAGACAAGCUCAGUCGGUCAUGCGGACAUUCCGAUGAUUGACAGGUUUCUCAAACGCCAUCCCCCUCCAGUCUACUAUGGUGACGAUUCCAGCGAUGGCAGCGGCGGCAACCUGAAUGUAGAGAUUGCGUCGCUUUCUGCUGCAGCAGCGGGACCGACUGUAAAGAGGAUUUCACCAAAGGAAGAUUAUUUUCUGGUAUACCUGGUGGGCGGCAACACGGCUGUGAUCUGGAUUCACCAGUUCAGUCCCAGCGAAGCGGUUACGCAGACGUUGGCGGCUAACAAGAUUGAUGAGGACCAGUACAUGAUUCUGCAGGUCACCAAUGCUCUUAAUACCGCAGCAGCAUCCGGAGCCUCGCAGAUCAUCAUAGACGUGCGUGGCAACGGUGGCGGCUCCACCAUUGCAUCAUACACAGCCAUCCGUCUCCUCAUGGGGGCAGCAAAAGUCCCCGACUCGGAUUUCGCCAUGCCCAUGGAUCUUGUUAUAGGCACUGAAUACACCGAGAGUGCAAUCAGUGUACUCUCUAUCGACCCCUCAACGCACUACUUCUAUGGAGGAUACGCCGACCUCAACGGCACCGACUUCUCAAGCGGCUUUGACUACGCUCCUUUCCGCAAGCUCCGCUUCACAAAGACAGGCCCUGCUGGAAACUACUCGGCACGGUUCAAGAUGAAGAACCAGUUCACCGGGAAGCAAACGGAGCCGGUGUUUGGCGACCGCCCCUUCGUGGUCCUGUCGGACGGAAACUGCUUCUCCGCCUGCGCCAUCCUCACGCACGUCCUGGGGAAACGCCACAAAGUGCCCAUGGUAACCGUGGGUGGUUUGCCCAACCAGCCCCCCGAUGUGGGCUCCUCGUGCCUCGGGUUUACCGAAAUGGACGUCUAUUCGAUGGCACCAGGCCUCAGCAAUCUCGCUGCCUUAGAGCCAAUGAACUCGUCGCCGCCUCUCAAGGUGAAAGGGUCCGUUGGCAUGGCGUUUACCAACGGGUAUGUGGAUUCGGAGAUUCCGUGCGAGUUUGAGUUUCUGCCCAGCCAGCAUCACAUCAACUACACCGUUGAUCUCAUUGACAAGCCCUGGGCCAUGUGGAAUGAGGUGGCCAAGCUCUUUGCCUCCCCUGCCGCCUAG